AUGGAAGCUUCGCAAAGGUUAGCAGCGACAUCUGGGGAAACGCUAGCCAAGCAAAUGUGCAGAGUUUCUGCAUACGAUUCAGUAGCUGAGGCACCGCUAUUGUACAGGACGCUGCAAACAGCCAGUUUAGUGAAUAAUGGGCGUGGCCUACAGGAGAGGGCGCUUUCCAGGCCGAUUCUAUAUCCCUUGGGAACUGCUGCUGGAACAUGGCCUGGAAAAGUUAAAGUGAAGUAUGAAUGCAAAAUCAACUCUAAAUCAUUUGAUCAGAUCGGGAAUGGUGUGCAGUUUUGUCGGAUUUCAAAGUUGAAUGUGAGAGAUGUCACUACUGUCAAGCGUCAUGGCGGUGCGCUUGGGUAUCACGGGUUGACCGCUUUCGGAUAUCCGAUGCAUAUUUCGGAUAUCCGACGCAUGCGUCGGGUUAAAUUUCAAGCAUACAACGAAGAAGCCGCCCAGGGGGAAAUUCUUGGUGAAGACCAGAAAAAGUUGUCAGAUGAAGAGGAAGAAGAGACUGUUCCAAGUGUUGAAACCGCAGCUUCUAAGCGGGCCAAGGUUCUGGAGAAACUGGAAGAAAUUGGUAAAUUCCUUGAAGACACUGAAUUUCUUGGCCUGGACACGAAUAUUCUCGGUAUCGACGACCCGCGUCAUUCAAGUAAACAUCGUAAAGAUGCUGGAGUUCACUCCAGUGAACCGUCUGAAACUGAUGAAAAGUUCUCUGAAGAACUCAAUAUCGUCAAGGUGGUUUACCGUUCGCUCAACUCCGAAGAUAUUGAUAGAGCCGAAGGCACUGACGAUCUCUUAGGGGAAUUCAAAUCCCACUCGUCUUCUACUCCUCAGCCAGUAACAGCUUUAACUGAAGAAGAACAACAUGCGGAAGAAAUGUAUCAGAAUGCAGUAAGUCUCAUGAAAUCGUCAACGACAAGGAAGGAGGGUUUUGCCUUGUUGCAAGAAGCAGCAGAACAAAAUCUAUCCGCAGCAGAAAAACUAGGUUGGAGUUACUUAUUUGGUGACCCUGAACGCAGUAUCCCGGAUGCAGUAAAAUGGUUCAAGCUUCUGGCAGACAAAGGCCAUCCUGGUGGACACACUGGCCUGGGUUUCCUGUUUAGCACUGGAAUCGGUGUCCCAGUGAACCCAGCUAAAUCACUGACCUACUACACUUUUGGAGCUCUGGGUGGGAACCCCUUCGCGCAAAUGGCUGUUGGAUACAGGCAUUGGUCCGGGGUUGGCACCCAGGUUUCUUGCGAAUCUGCAUUGAUGUACUACAGAAAAGUCGCUGCUAAUGUUGCUGAUGAUGUGUCGCUAACCGGUGGUCCAGUGAUCCAGAGGAUUCGUUUGCUUGACGAGAGUGAAAACCCGGGUUCUGCCUCUUCCUUACUCGACGAAGAUUUGUUGCAGUAUUACCAGCUCCUGGCCGAGAAGGGUGACAUUCAGGCACAAGUUGGAUUGGGUCAACUCUAUUAUCAAGGUGGUCGAGGAGUUGAACCGGAUCCAUACAAAGCGAUCGAGUAUUUCUUGGCGGCCGCGGACGCUGGUAACGCUAACGCCCUCGCGUUCCUUGGCAAGAUGUACCUGGAAGGGAAUGAAGCCGUGCAGCAAAACAACGAAACUGCCAUGAAGUACUUUACGAAGGCGGCGCAGAUGGGGAAUCCGGUGGGACAAGGCGGACUCGGGCUCAUGUAUCUCUACGGGAAGGGCGUCGACAAGGAUUAUUCUCGUGCUUUGAGGUAUUUCAUCCAGGCUGCAGAGCAAGGAUGGGUGGAUGGUCAGCUGCAGCUCGGAAAGAUGUACUACCACGGAUUGGGUGUGCGACGGGACUACAAGAUGGCCAUCAAGUAUUUCAACCUGGCGUCGCAGUCUGGACACUUGCUAGCUAUUUAUUACCUGGCCCAAAUGCAUGCCACUGGGAUAGGCAUGAUGCGUUCCUGUCACGCGGCCAUGGAAUUGCUGAAGAACGUCGCCGAGCGUGGAAAGUGGGCUGAGAAAUUCAUGGAAGCCCAUCACGACUACAGAAAUGGUCGAACGGAAGACGCUCUCAUCAAAUACAUGUUCCUUGCCGAUCUUGGGUAUGAAGUCGCACAGAGCAACGCGGGCUUCAUAUUCGACCAGAGCGAGGGGAAAAGUGGGAAUUUCGCGGAAUUCCUUGGCAUGGAAAUGUACCGUCGAGCCCUGUUGUACUGGGGCCGUGCAGCAGCUCAGGGUUACUCGUGGGCCAGAGUGAAGCUCGGGGAUUACCACUACAACGGCUGGGGCACCGACGUGGACUUUGAGGUGGCUGCAUCGCACUACCGACUUGCCAGUGACCAGGAUCACAAUGCACAGGCCAUGUUCAACCUGGGCUACAUGUACGAGCACGGACUCGGGCUCAAGCAAGACUUCCACCUGGCCAAACGGUUUUACGACAUGGCGGCUGAAACUAGCCCCGAUGCUCAGGUCAGAAGAGACGAAUUCCUAUAA